UUAAUAAUGGCUCUCUUGGUGGUUCUCCGAUGGAUUUUCAAACUGUUGGUGGUGUUGAUCAUCUCUCAAUGUGUGUGUGUGUUCUACAACACAACCGACACACACACCAGCCGAGAUGUGAUGUCAAACGCGUUUCACCAGCUGCACUGCGCAAAACUCAGACGCAAGUUUUCCAUCAUCAAACCGACCAAGAGUAUAAACAUCAAGAGUUUCACACAGGAUCUCUCGGAUCUCAUGAGCUGCCCGUAUAAAUCAAACACAACUGAACAGGAACUAAACAGAAUGAGACUGAAGAUGUGUUGUAACGCCACAGGAUCAUUAUACCUGACCAAAUACAACACAGCUGUCAAUCAAAAGAUCCCAUAUGAAACAAACACACAACGCACACACAAAGUGGAUGCGGCACUUCACACAUUGUUGCCUGAGGACUUCCCCUGGAGUGGGCGUGGCUUGGGUCGCUGUGCUGUGGUGGGCAGUGGAGGGAUUCUGAAGAACAGCAGCUGUGGACAAAUGAUUGACAGCGCAGACUUUGUCAUACGGUUUAAUUUGGCUCCUGUUAAUGACAGUGAUGUUGGACUGAAGACAGAUCUGAUCACGAUUAACCCCAGUCAGAUUCGCACAGAUUACAGAAACCUGCAGAAGAAUCCUGGUCCGUUUGUUGAGCGUGUCAGUGUUUAUGGCAAUGCCUCCCUCAUUCUCCCUGCCUUCGCCUACACGUUCAACACUCAACUGUCAAUCAACACUCUCAAAGCUCUUCGGCCAGUCAGACCUCAGCAGCCAGUCGUGUUCUUCAGCUCCGACUACCUGCGGACACUGGACCGUUUCUGGAAGGGGCGUGGCCUGAAGGAGAUCCGCCUCUCCACGGGGUUUAUGUUGAUUAGCGUAGGGUUAGAGCUGUGCGAACAGGUACACGUUUACGGAUUCUGGCCAUUCGGCAGUGACUUGCAGCAGCGCAUGGUUCCGCAUCAUUACUAUGACCAGAGAGGCCCGAGCCGCCGCAUGCAUGCCAUGCCAGAGGAGUUCCUGCACCUGCUGAAGCUGCACAGCCAGGGGGCGCUAACAUUGCACCUGCAGCCCUGCGCUUAA